AUGGAAGCAUCGGGUUUGAAUUGUGAGCUCAAUGAUCAAGACCACCGUGAGAAUAUUGAUCAAUCCCUGAUGGGAACUCAUGAAGGGAACAGCCAUGGCACUGGUAGCAGCCUUGUCGUUGCAUCGCUCAAGUAUGAGCAUGCACAAACUGGUCAAGAGUUCACAAUUCCAAUUCGUGCCAAAGGCUAUCUUCAUGUGGGAAGAGAGACGGAAUGUGAUUUUUCCAUUGAUAGUGUGAUUGUUUCGAAGCAACACUUUCGUGUCUACACCAUCAUAUAUGAUACGGACAAGCUGGAUGAGUACCCACCUUCAAUCUAUUGCGAAGACCUUGAAUCCAGGAAUGGUACCUAUGUGAACAAUGUAUUGAUCGGUAUAGUCGGCAACGAAAGAAUUGGACGUCUUCUUGUUGACGGUGAUUUGAUUGAGAUCCGACCCGAUUGGAAGUUUCAAUUUCACCAACCAAGAUCAAGAACAACAUCGCAUAUGCCAUUGCCUGAUAUUGAAAUCAAGUAUUUCAAAGAUCGAUACACCAUUUCCAACCAUGUUCUUGGCAGCGGUAUUGCUGGAGAGGUUUUUCUUGCCAAUAAUGUUGGCAACUCGAAACAGGUAGCAUGUAAAGUAAUCAAAAUAAGUCCCUCAAGACGUGCAUAUUCCAUCUCCCAUGAUUCUACAGGAUUAAGUCAGCAAUACGAUACCGAUUUGGCGAGGAAAUCACACCUACGAGAAGUUGAGAUACUGUCUAAACUUAAUCAUCCAAAUAUUAUCCGUAUUGAAAGGGCUUUUCUUUCCAACGACAGGUUGUAUAUGUUUACAGAGCUUGCUGCGGCAGGAGACCUAUAUACAUACUUCGAUUCUUGUGACAACAGGCUUGAAGACGCCCCUGCUCGUCUCAUUACGCGACAGAUUGCUCUGGCUCUAGAAUAUCUUCACUCGAAAGGAAUUGCACAUAGAGAUGUUAAAAUGGAAAAUGUUCUCAUUACAAACACCGAUAUCGGCUCUCGAGUCAUUCUCACAGACUUUGGCCUUGCCAAUUAUACAGACAAAACAACCGGCAGGCUCUUCUCUUCAGUAGGAACAGAGGGUUACGUUGCACCCGAAAUCAUUGGUUCUGAUGUAAGCCGUGGCUAUACGACAGCUGCAGACAUGUGGUCAUUUGGAAUAUUGACAUGGAGUUUGCUCACUGGUGAAAGUUCGAUUCCCCGAGGCAGAUUGUCCCAGCUGGAAGAAAUACAAGCUGCCAAGAAUUUUCUUUCGUCCGAUGAAGAAGAGGUAGCAAACAAGUGGUCCUAUCUCCAUCGGAGAGCUCGAUCAUUUCUGCGCGACCUUUUGGCUAGUGAUGCAAGUCAACGUAUGACUGCUGUUCAAGCAGUAAAUCAUCCAUGGUACAAGAAACCUCCCGUUUCCAACGCGAUAGAGCAGGCAUAUGAGCGAGUUACAAGGUUCUGGAAGCCACGAGAUGACGAUGAUAUUCUUGAAUACCUGCCUGGAUAUACCGUGCCUACAACAGAGGUUACAAGUUCAGGUCUUCGAAAGCGCUUGCCUGAUACUUCUUUGUCGCCCUACUUCAAUCUUGACCGCCAUCUACAAUCAAGAUCUCCACACAUGGCGAAACGCAGACGUAUACUUGACGAUCUUAAAGAAACGGGAGGAACCUUCGUGGAUUCAGAAUCACAACAGAAGGGACCUAGAGAUGGCCCCAGGAGCAAGAAUCACAUUCAAGUGAAAUCGGUUACUGAAAUUGAUUUGUUCAGAAGCUCCACAUCUUCAAUGGACAGACAAACACGAAAUAGUAACAGGCCCAAUUAUGAGACAUCACCUUCUAAAGAUAAUCUGAAUAGAUUAAGACCGGUCAAGAAAAUGAUACAAGGCCCUCAGAGUCAUCUUGCAUCCUCUAACAGAGCUAGUGAUGCUCAUUCAAACGCCUCGAAUGAUGUGAGAGUCAGAAGAGAAACAAAUCCGGCCAAUCAAGAAAUCUACGAUACUGCUUCACAGCUUGUCUCAAAGUUUUGUCCGGCUAAGGCUUUCAAGGAAGAGAUCAACAUUGUCAGAAAAGAGAGAUUUCUGGAAGCUUGAUGAUUGUUUGAUCUUGGGUGGAGAUUGGGUAGCUUGGGGGACUUCGGCGGUAUUUCCGCUGAAUAAAUGACAGGCGCAGCUCGGAACGGAAAGAAAGGAUUUGCUACUAUGAGCGCUUCGCAUGCUUUUCUCUACAAAUAGCACCCCGGCCAUUAGCUAGAAUUCUUGCCCUUGAUUUAUUGAUGUACUGUAUAUGUAUAUAUUGCUGGCGGCUUUGCGUUGACUUCAGGAUGAUCAAUGAGCGGGCACCAUUAUCUCUAAAUCGAGACACCAUAUUGCUAUUAUUCUUUC